CAGCCCUAGAGGCACCAAAUGGCUGCAGCCCAGUCCCCCUUCUGGUCCGGGAAGCUAAGCAGGGCCAGCCCUGGAUGGCCCCUGGAGGGGAGACCGAGGAGAGGCUGGUGGUUCACAGGAAUCUUCUCUAUGAUGAAAGAAAACAAGCAGCUUUCCACUCUUGCUAGUGUACCAGUUAGGGAGGUUCUGCCGCAUGAAAAGGCUGGAAUCCCAACACCAGUCAUACAGACGCUUUGUAGGGCACCGGAUGGUGUGACCAACUGCACAACAGACCAAACACUGACAGGCAUGCUGCCGGGACAACCACAAGAUGCAGAAGGAGGUAGUCAAACCCCCACAUCAGUGCACUCUUGGAGUACUGAGGAAACCAUCAAAUACUUCGGAGAUAGUCCUAUAGUGAAGGAGGAAGUGGAAGAGCCCACAGCCCAACUCUGGGAAACUCAGUGGCAGGAGUUCUUAAGUACAGUGGAUGUUUCUCCUUCAGUGCGAAGAGUCCCCCCUUUUCCCAAAGAGCCGGCCCCCUGGGAUGACACUCCGGCCUUCCUGGCCUCCUUUGAGCAAGUAGCCAGAGCCUAUCAAUGGCCCGAGGAAGAAUGGGCAGCCCGACUCCUGCCGACUCUCAAAGGAGAAGCUGAACUGGUGUUCAGCAGCCUGGAGGAUGAAGAAAGAGAGGAUUAUGGGAAAGUGAAGGCAGCCAUCUUGCAAGGAGAUGUCCUGAACCAAGAAAAGAACCGCCAGUACUUCAGGCGUUUCUGCUAUGAGGAUGCCAAAGGGCCUCGAGAAGCCUACAACCAGCUCCAGGAGCUUUGCCGUCGGUGGUUGAAGGCUGAGAGAAACUCCAAGGAGCAGAUCCUGGAACUGCUGAUCUUGGAACAGUUCCUGACUGUUCUGCCACCGGAAAUCCAGAGCUGGGUCAAGAAGCAUAACCUGGAGAGCAGCGCACAAGCAGUUUCCCUAGCUGAGGAUUUUGUGCUGAAGUGGAGGCUUGUGGUGAAGGAAGAACAGAUGACCGAGUCCCAAGUGGAAGGAUCUGUAAAUUUGUCAGAGGUGGAGGGAACUUCGUCAGAUGCUGGACAGAGAUCACCACCAUCUUGGGAAUCUGAGACACAGGAAGAUACAGACUUCUCUGAUACUGAUUGGUCCGAUGGUGGAAAUGUGCAUGAAAAUUCACAUGAAAUUUCUAAACAAAUACAAUCACAAGGGAUGCCUCCAGAAAUAACCAAUGACAAUGGGCCUCAGUUUUGUAACCUGGAAGGAACCACUGAGAGCUGGAGAAGAGAAGAAAGUCAGCAGGAACUCUACCCAAGGAAAGAUGGGCAUAGAGCCAGUAUUUGCAAAGGGGCCAGCAUGAAAGCUAACCAAACUCUGGAUAGUCAAGAUUUAUACAUCAGACAAAGUUGUUGUUCUGCAUGUGGGAAGACGUUCACUCAUAAUGUACCACUUAGCCUGCAUAAAAGAACCCACAAAAGGGAAAAGUUGGACAUAUGUUCCCAGUGUCAAAAAGACUCAGUAUCCCUUCAAAAAUGCCAGAAAGCUAAAUUGGUUGUGAAACCCUACAAAUGUUUGGAGUGUGGGAAGGAUUUCCGUGACAAGACAGACCUUAGAAGGCAUCAGAUUGUCCACACUGGUAAGAAACCGUAUAUAUGUUCUAACUGUGGAGAAGGUUUCCCGACAUCAAAAUUGCUGGUGAAACAUCAAAAGCACCAUGUGGAAAAGAAGUCAUCUGUGCCUCCUCCUGAAGUGACAGUAUAUAUAUGCUCUGUGUGUGAGGAAAGCUUCAACAAUGCAUUGGAUCUUGGUGCACAUGAGAGAAUACACAGUGGACAAUCUGCACAUGGAAAAAAAUUCUGCCAGGAGCCAGAGCCAAGAAAACUUCAGGAAACGCACACUGCAGAGAGGCCCUUUAAAUGCUCUGAUUGUGGGGCAAGUUUCACAUGGAGUUCAUCGUAUAAUAGACAUAGAAAAAUCCAUAGCGGAAAUACAACAGCUAAGGCUCCGUUUUCAUGUAUAAGUACCCUAAAAGAAAAGAAAAAACAUUCAUGCUCUAAGUGUGGAAAAGCUUUCCCUAGCUUAUGGAAACUUACAAGUCACCAGCAGCUCCACAUUGGAGAGAAGCCUUAUGAAUGUACUGACUGUGGAGAGAGAUUCACGUUGAGUUUGUCACUUGAUGAACAUCAAAAGAAGAUCCAUAAUGGAAAGAUACCAGUGCCUCUUCUCCAAAACAUGUCCAGUACAGAGGAGGAAACUCAUAUAUGUUCAGAGUGUGGGAAAAGCUUUGACACUCUAUCACAUCUAAGUCAUCAUGAGUGUAUUCACACUGGAGAAAGACCCUAUGAAUGUAUUGAUUGUGGGGAGAGUUGCACAUCAAGUUUAUCUCUUGAAAGGCACAGAAAGAAUCAUGAAAAAAAUAAACAAGGAUAUAUGUUGAAAAGGAUAUUUGAUUCUCAAAUAAAGCAUUAUGUGUGUUUAGAGUGUGGGAAAGAAUUUGACCGGGCCUCACGCUUAACAAUUCACCAAUCCAGCCACGCUCGAAAGAAAUCCUAUCAGUGCAAAGAAUGUGGGUCAUGUUUCAUGUCAAGUAUAUCACUUGAUGUUCACAGAAAGAAGUUCCAUAAUGGAAAGAAACUGGUUCCUCCUCUCUCUGAAGUGUCUAGUAAGACAAAGAAACCCUUUAUGUGUUCCAAGUGUGGGAGAAGCUUCAGCCAGGCAACAAAUCUAUCACAACACCAGCGCGUCCACACUGGAGAGAAGCCCCAUCAAUGCACCAUCUGUGGGGAAAGUUUCAUGUGGAGUUCAUCACUUAGUGGUCACCAAAAGAAGUUCCAUUAUGGGGAGAAACUGACUCCUCUCUCUGAAGUGUCCAAUAAGAAAUCCUUUACAUGUUCCAAAUGUGGUAAGAGUUUCAGCAAGCCAUCCCGCCUAGCAAGGCACAAAUGUAGUCAUACUGAAAAGAAACCCUAUCAGUGCACAGAUUGUGGGGAGAGAUUCACGUGGAGUACAUCUCUUGACCUACAUAAAAAGGAAAUCCAUAAGGGGAAGAAAUUGGUUCCCGUUUUGCAAAGGAUAACUGGCAUUCUAGAGUUGGAGAAAAAAAUCAUCCAGGCAACAUAUAUAUUAAGACACCCAGAGAGACACACUGAAGAGAAAUCAUAUGAACAUGCUGGUCUUCGGGAGAGUUUCGCAUCAGGUUUAUCUCAUGCAGAAGAUAAUGAGAGAAAGAAAUCAGAACCCUUUUUGAAAAGGAUUUCCACUAUGCAGAAGGAAGCCCACACAUGCUCUAAAUGUGAUAAAAGUUUUGAAUGGGCAUCACAGUUACUGAGACAUCAGCGUGUCCACACAGGAGAGAAGCCCCAUCAUUGCUCUGAUUGUGGAGAGAGUUUCAUGUGGCGCUCAUCAUUUGAUAGUCACAGAAAGAAGAUGCAUAAUGGAAAGAAAUCCCUUCUCUGUUCUGAGUGUGGGAAAAGCUUUGAUUAUAUGUCAUGCCUAAUAAGACAUCAACGUAGCCACAACAGAAAGAAGCCCUAUAAAUGUGUUGAUUGUGGAAAGAAGUUCAGGUUCAGUUCUUCUUUUGAAAACCACAGAAAGGAGCACAAGACAGAUAAACCAGAGGGCCUUGUGAAAAAGCUCUCUAGGACUCAGGGGGAAAAGCAUAUGUGUUCUCUGUGUGGGAAAAGCUAUGACCAAGCAUCAAGCCUAAAAAUACAUCAACGCAUCCAUACUGGAGCAAAACCAUAUCAAUGCUGUGAAUGUGGGGAGAGAUUCAUGUGGAAUUCCGCAUAUUAUAGACAUAAAGUGAAGAUCCAUAAUAUAAAGAAACCAGCCCCACUUCUGCAAAGGAUGUCUGACAAUGGGGAGGAACCCCACAAAGAUUCCAGGCAUGGGGAAAGCAUUGCUGGGCAAUCACAUCUAAUACAACGUCAUGGCAUUCGCAGCGGAGAGGAAUCCUACAUGCGUCCUGAGUGUGGGAAAACUUUCACUGAGGGAUCACAUCCUAAAAAAGACCAGAAAAUCAAAGUGAGGGAAAAGUUGUGCAAGUACAAGUAUCGUGAGCAUGAGGAGAUUUUCAUUCUCAAGGACAGUUCUGAGAGAGGAGAAAGUCCACACUCUGGAUUGCAACAAUCCUCUGUACAAAAAUUUGAAGAUGAGCCUCUGCACCUUAUGAGUCACCAGGAUGAGUGCAAACCUAACUCAGUCGAGAAUGGUGACCCACAAGAAAGCUGAGUAAAACUCCUAAUUUUUAAAGAAAGAAGAAUUAUUUCAGUGUUCCAUGCUAUGGAAAAAGGUCUUACUUUGAUUUGGGAGACCCUAUACAAUUAAGAAACUGUACAGAUAAUUUUACUGGAGAGGUAGCAUUCAUUUAGCUGAUGUAUUAAAAUAGAUGUAUGUAUUAAUGCAUAGGUUUGUUUUAAAAAAUUAUGCAGUUUAUGGGAUUAUUUACAAAGUUUUACAUAAAUGUAAUGCACAGGGUGUUUUCCCUGCAGAUGUGAUUAUUUGUAGUCAUUUUAGUGCAGUUGCAGAGGAAAAAACAAUAAAAUAGAUUUUAUCCAAAA